AAUCACGACAAACUUGGAUACAGCAGGUAUACAAUAAUAUUUAUCAACACUUGAACAUAAACAUGGGUGUUCCCCAGCAAAAUUUACUCACUCCCGAAAGUUGUAUCUCCUCAUCCCGAAUCCGGGCAUUUCUUCGAGCUUCAAGAAACUUGACUGAUGACACCAUCAGGCAACACUUGAAUGAAGUAAAGGUGGAUGAUUGUGGUGAAUAUUUCCGUAAUAAGGUUGCCAGCGAAUGGAAGAGACGUGGUGAGGUGAUUUCCUACUGCAAGAAUUAUUCCCAAGAGUUGAGAAAACAAAGUGAAGAAGGAGUCAAUGCUCAAACGAGAGAGACGGAAGAAACGUUUGCCCAAUUAGAUAAAAAGUUUGAUUUACGUACCGAUCCAUACGCCUUACGUGCCCAUCAGAAUAAAAUGAGAGAGCAGUUUGCUCAAUGUGAUGCAUUGGAUAGUUGGGUUCAUAAUGAAGAGACAGUGGAGAAUAUUAUACGGCAACAAACUACAGAAGUGUUGAAUGACAAAUGCUAUUAUCAGGAUUGGAUGCAAGUAUUUAGGAAUCUCAAAUAGUUUUACAAUCUGUACAUAGUCUAUAAUGAAACAAAGUUGAGUCCAUCAUCAUGCAAAGUAGAGAGCUUCCGACCUUGCCCCCCUCUAGCUAGCCCACCUAGACCUCUUGGUACGUUAGCAGGUCUAAGUUCUGUGAACCUAAAGUCUGAAUUGUAAGUGCUUUCCAAAUUUAAUCCUUGAUUGUGUAUCUAUUUCAUUGAGUCAACCAUUUUCAACAGCUCAAUAUCCCAAAUAUUCCAAUCAUGCCAAAUAAUACUAGGAAAUAUAGUAGUCAAAUGCCAUAAACUAUGAGCAUCCACUAAUCUUGCAAUGGGAGCAAAGUCAUUCAUUUCGAAUGAAAGACCGCCAAGCAAGAAAAUAUUAUUGAAUAUUGGAAUUAGCGGAAUAAGACUUGAUCUGGAAAUCCACAAAUAAUUCAAUUUGGUAAGCAAUCUAGUCUCAUAUGGUAAUAUUUGUAUCGAAUUAUUAUAUAUAUGGAAAUGUGAUUGAAAUUCUCGGUAUUUAGAUAAGGAAUGGGCGAUCCAUAGUAUCAUGGCUGUUAAUCCCACAAACACAUUCAUUUGCAUAUUGUAUUGAUAAUCCCAGAAAUCAAGCAAACGAGUGGUGUGAUAAAUAUAAAGCAUUACCAAUGAAGCUUGCCAGAUCCUCAAUAUGAUUGUAUGUUUAUAUAAUUGAAAGAAACGAACCGUGAUUGCAUUCAAAUUGGAUAAUACUAUAGCAAAUGCUCCGAAAUAAUCAAGGGUUUCAGUCAAGGGAACAUCACGGAAAUGGAACACAGUACUGAAUAUCCAUCCAAUACAACUGGCAACUAAUAAUAUCACAUAUUGAGAGUACAUGACCUGAUAUUCUGAUCCACUUCCACCACGACGAUAUUGACGUAGAAGCUUGAACAAGUUGUGAUAGUUGACAUAGAAGUUUCCAAGGGAGAACAACGUUGAAAAGAACUCUUGAACUCCAAAAACUUUGAUAAAUGGCCAUUUACCGUAGAAUUGAACCAUUUCCAACCCUAUACUCUCCCGUUGAUUUGUUAUCAAUUGUUGACAUUGAUAGUUGCAAACGGAUUCACACGACCAUAGCCACGAGCUAUCGGUGCAUUGACAGUGUUCGAGACAUGUCUGGAACUCAGGUAAUGUAUCUCCAAUGGAACAAUACCCUACUGCUAAGAGUAGGAGUGUGACUAGGAGGAUCUUCAUGGUGUGUGGUAGACG